AUGAUCAGUCCAACAACGGUUGAAAGAGAAAUUCGGUUUCUGCUUCCUGUGCUUUGGAUCUAUUUCAAACAGCAAGUAAAGUGGCCAACUGCAGAGCAAUGGCUGGAAAUGGCUAAUCAUUGGAAUAUGUUUCCAGGCGCAGUGACUGUCAUUGAUGGAACUCGACAUAGGAUACAAAGACCGCAGACUGAACCUUGGCAGUUAUUUUACAGUGGCCAUUGCAGAUAUCACAACUUUUCAACCCAAAUAAUAAUGGAUAACCACGGCAAUAUCGUAUUCAUUCAGUCGGGAUUCUUGGGGCAUAACAACGAUAGCGGGCAGUUUCAAUUAAUGGCUAACAUAGGAACUGAUGAAGAACUCCAUCUACCCCCGGGUCUAUAUAUUUUAGCGGAUAAAGGAUAUCCCAGUAUUUACCCCCUUGUUACUUAUUGGAGAAAUGUAGCUGGUGACCUCACAAGACAAUUGUUCAACCGAGAGUUGACAAAAGUUAGAACUUGCGUGGAACAUUGCAUCAGGAGAGUUAAAGAGUACGGAGCUGUUGAUCACCUGUGGCAUCAUGAAAGAUGGAUGUUCCCCGUGGUGAGUGAACUUUGUGCAUUUUUGGCUGAAAGGCACAUUGAACUUUCGCAAGUCCUUUAA